AUGGUUCCUCAUAUUAUAUCUCUCUCUAAAAUCAAAAAUUACAAAAUCCCCCUCCAUUCUCUCUUUAAAACCAUCAUCUCCUCCACCGCGCCUCCCGUCCUCCCCAUCUCCAACCCCCAAACCACCGCGAGAACCACCGGUGCAGGUGGCGACGCCAUUGAGGCUCUGGAGAACAACUUGGCCUUCCGUGCCUUCAUCAACAACCUCUCCACCUCCAUCCGCCAUGACCUUGACCAGCACCACCCCUGGUUGGAGCUCGCGGACCAUUGUGCGUUCUCGAAACCCGAGUCCUUCUCCGAAGCCACUUUCCAUGUCCGCAAAAACUUCUCCUACUUCUGCGUCAACUACUACGUUGUCGUUUCACUCAUCCUUACAGUUUCUCUCCUCACUAAUCCUUUCUCUCUCAUCCUCCUCGUUGGCCUCCUCGCCUCUUGGACCUUCCUCUACCUCUUUCGUCCCUCGGAUCAACCUCUCGUCAUUCUCGAUCGAACAUUCUCUGACUUCGAAACCCUAGCCCUCCUCUCUUUUGGUCGCUCUCCUCUGUAG